AUGAAUGAUGAAAAUCGACAGUAUCGGCCGGGAUGUCUUGGCAUCAGGAGUGUAAUCACCUCUGGCGGUGGUGAUGGGGGUGGUGGUGUUGACGGCCGUGUUGUUGUCGUAGUUGUUGUUAUUGGUGGUGGUGGUGGUGGUGGCGGUGGUAGUGGUGGUGAGGAUGAUUACUAUGAUGAUGAUGAUGAUGAUGAUGAUGAUGAUGAUGAUGAUGAUGAUCCCAACCUAUCCUGCCCACACUAUCCCCGUAUAUUCACAUCGCACGACGGCCUGGUCGGUCAAUUGCGAGCUCAUUGA